AUGAAUCAAUUUAUUAUUGUUUUAUUAUGGACCAUCAAUUGCUACGCGAUGGAUGAACCUCGGAUGAAUCCGGCUGCUUUCCGAAAUACGGGACCACCGACGUUUACGAGAGAAAGGGCUCCUUCGACUUCUCCUAGGCUUCUGCAAGAACACCCAAGCAACAAUCUCAAUGGAUGGGAGCCCAAUAGACAAGCAUUUCAAGUGAAUCCAUCGAUUUAUCUGUCCCCUCGACCUUGUCAGAUGGAUCUAGAAGCUCUCCGUCCCGCUCGCGUGGACGAUUCCGUCAAGUACUAUAGACCGGAUAUAGGUCCAAAUGGAAAUUCAGAGGAGGAGGGUGUGUCGUUUAGGCUAAGAGAAUGUCCUUUGGUUCUCAGUCGGCCAAUCGAAUAUCAAGACUUGGCUUCAAAAUCAAGCAGGAUAUUAUCUCCGCAGGAUAAGAUGAAACGAAAAAACUCGGAUCCUCCCGACAAUAAUGACUCGCCAUCGGUGCAGAGAUCUCGGAAUUUUAGCAAGUUAAGGGGCGCUUUGAUCGAGCCGGAAGAACAUGAACCGGGUUCUUCUUCCACAGGCGAUAACAAUUGUAUCAUCCGUCGAUUGCCCCCGAAUUUCAGCUCCAGUCCUACCUUAAUGUCAACGUCAAGUAAACUCCUUAAUACAGCUACUAAUCAAGAAUGGAUUUUGGCGAGAGAAGGUAUAAGUGAUUCGAGUACCACCCACCGGCUUCCUCCAAGCACUCCGCAUCAGUUUACAAUGAACAAUCCCCAUCAUAUUCCUAUCAACAAUCAAGGCCUCGCGUCGACACAUUCGAGAAUAGUUACGAAUUCCGGUAGCAAAGGACAGAUUCCUGGCCAUGAGGAAGACCAAAUAGGACAUUUACUAGUCUUUGAUAAAACGGUCUUCGGCUAUUCGACCGCAAACAUCUUCCAGGUGUGUUUGAACAGAGACACAGAAAUUUUACAACUGAUCUCCAAACUGAUUGACACACUACAAGUUGAAAAACUGGAGAUGUCAGAGUUUAUGUUUGCUGAACACUAUCAGGGAUAUUUCAGCAGAAACAGAAAAACAACAAACUCCGCGGAAUAUGACAAAGAGAUUGCGUCUGAUAGAACAAAAGAUCUUACAAAUCAUAGACGAAAAAGCCUCCAUGAAUCAUUCAAAACACUCUUGGAAAACCAGCAGGUUUGGCUUACACAUUGGAACAAGAUAACAGGCAGCGACAUCACUUCUUUUGCUAAAAAGACAGAAACUAGUGAAUCUUUUAGAUUGCGGAAUCUUCUCAUAAUAUUCCUAUUUUAUGUUGAGAUGAUGAAUACAAUCAUACCUAGUGGCCCAAAGCUGCAAGAAGAAGUAGGAGGAAAACUAAAAGAAGCAGUAGCUUUCUUCAAAAAUUACUUGCUCACAGGCGCCUCUGCAGAUAAAAAAAUCGUGGCCAACGAAGACCUUGAAAAUCAAAAGAGGAUAAAAGAAAAGGCUUCCAAUUCACGAUCCCUUGCUCGUUACUCUGGUCUUUGGACUUUGUUGGAGGCGUGGAUGAAAUCAUGCAGGAAAAACCUCCAUCACAAGAUUACAAUAGAGCGUGAAAAGACUCUUCAUAAUACAAAAAAGUUCUUCAGUACCAUUUUCAACCACUCUAUUGACCAGUUAUGCAAUAGAUUGAAAGGAAAACAAUGA